GGAGGAGGAAGAGAGGGAUCAUGUGUCAUUCAAAAGAAAUGAAACUGCACGCCUAAAGGGAGACUUUCCCCGACCGUUAUUAUCCACAGACAACACAAACAUCUCAGCAGACAUGGCCGCUGCCAGCAGCCUCCUAUAUGAAGAACAACUCCUGUGUUCAAUCUGUCUGGAUGCGUUCAAUGAACCUGUCACUACUCCAUGUGGACACAACUACUGCAAGUCUUGUAUCACAGGGUACUGGGCCAGCAGUAACCAGAUCCGGUGUCCCCUUUGUAAGAAGAAGUUCCGCAAGAGACCUCAGCUUCAGGUCAACACAGAGUUCAGAGACAUGGUGGAGCAUUUCAACAACAUGAAAGUGAGGGGGGAAGAUGACAUCCUUGCCAAACUAGGGGAGGUGCCCUGUGACAUCUGCCUUGAGCCAAAGCGCAAAGCACAGAAGACAUGCCUGGUGUGUUUGGCCUCAUACUGCCAGACUCACCUGGAGCCUCAUCAGAGAGUCACAACCCUUAAAAAGCACCAGCUGAUUGAUCCUCUGUCAAACCUGGAGGACAGGGUGUGUAAGAAGCACGACAAGAUGUUUGAGUUCUUCUGUCAAGAGGACCAGAUGUGUGUUUGUUCCAUGUGCUUGAAAGACGACCACGUAAUGCAUGAAGCCGUCCUGUUAGAGCAUGCGUUCAGAGAAAGGAAAGCCCAGGUGGAGGAUGUCAUGUCAGGAAUAAAAGUGAUGGAAAACGCAAAAUCCAGGAGUAUUAAGGAACUCAAAGACUCAGUUAAAAAGAGCAAAAAAAGGUCAGAGAAGGAGAUCGCAGACAUUGCUGAGGUUUUCACUGCUCUGUUGGUUUCUCUGCAAAAAAGCCAGGCUAAGCUGAUUGAGGUGAUCCAGGAGAAGCAGAAAGCAGCACAGAAGAAGGCUGAAGAUUGUGUGACACAGCUGGAACAAGAAAUUGCCGAGAUGAAGAGGAGAAGAUCUGAAAUGGAGAAACAUUUACAAACAGAGGACCACCUCCGCUUUCUUCAGAGCUGUCCAUCUCUCUUCAUCCCUGCACACACUGUCGUAUUUGAUGCUCUGACCCAAUAUACCAAGCCAAUAGAUCUCUCAGAGGACUACCUCCUCUUCCUGUCGACCUGGCUGUCUCUCUCACACAAUGAGGGCAUAUUUGACCCUCUGUCCCACUCCAUCCCUCCAUUUACACCAGACCUCUCUGACAUGAAUCAGCAGAGUUAUGUGGGGAUGGUGAAAAAAGCAGUGGCUCAGAUGGAAAAGAUGCUCAGUAAUGAGAUGGAGAUGCUCAUUCAUGAGGUCAGGUUAUCUGAUGGUUGUGAGGCCACUGAGCAGCCCGAUGUAGCUGAAGAACGUACGACAGAUGAGUUUGUCAAAGAAGUGUGGACUCCACCUCAGGACAAGCUGAUGAUGAUCCAGCAGUGCGAUGCAGUGGAUGUGACUCUGGACUCCUGCACAGCCUAUUCUAAGCUUGUGGUGUCUGAGGAUGAGAAACAACUGAGAUCUCAUUACGGUCCACCAUCUGCGCCUACUUUAUUCAGGAGAAGAUUUGAACAUUUAUCCUUGGUCCUUGGAAAAGAGGGUUUUAACUCAGGCAGGUUCUACUAUGAGGUUCGGGUCAGUAGGAGUCAAGAUUGGUUGUUGGGAGUGAUGAAAGAGCCUAUUAACUGGGACAGGUUUUAUUUUCCCACCCCAAAGGAUGGAGGCUGGACACUUGGGGCAGUGUACAAUGAAUUCCGAGAGGAAUAUUUUGUUAACUCUAGUUGCUCUGCUUGCCUGUACUUGAAGCAAAAGCCCCAGAAAGUUGGUGUGUUUGUUGAUUAUGAGAAGGGAGAGGUCUCCUUCUAUGACGUGGAAGCCAGGGCUCUGAUCUACUCCUACACAGGAUGUGACUUCAUUGAGACCCCACCAGCUUUAAAAGCUUUUCUCUAUUCUAUGGCUGGCACAUCCUUAAGUGGCAGACAAAAGCUCUACCCUGUUUUUGGUUUCAUCGAACGUGAUCCUGACAACAUACUUGAAAUCACCCCUGUAGCUUGAGCAAAGUGCCACUCACUACACCAGGGGAAAUGACCCUGCCAAAAGGUGGUAGUGGUCUCAUCACACAUUACAAAAGGACAAAUACUCAAUAUAUUAUAUAUGUUGUCUUUGAUUUAAUUCUGAGCUUUUUGUGUCAGAUUUUUUUUUUCAGAUUAGAUCACUUAUACCUGACACUUGGUGAUGAGGUUCAGAAAGGCAGAAAAAUGUACAUCAGUCAAGUACUAUAGUUACACACAUGCUGUAAUACCUGCAUCUGACCAGAAGAUGACACCAUUGUUUAACCAGUGUUCUAAUCUGUUUCACCAAGAUGCUACUGUAGGAGGAAACAAGAAAAAGUGGACAAUAGCAUCACAGAAACCCUACUUCAUCUUUGUCACGUUCAAACAUGGUUUUAAGAUAAGGUAAAGUAAGGUAAGGUAAGCCAAGGUCAGGUAAGGUAAGGUAAGCAAAACAAGACACAUCAGUAAAAAUGCAGAGCAAUGUAAUAUGUAUGUAUUAGUGAAAACAGAGCAAUAAAAUCAAUAAAUAGUAAAAGCAAAAUGUAAUAAACAGACAGGCUGAAUUCACAUUAUUGCACAUAGAAAGUAUAUUGCACCUUUUGAUAUCUAUACUGGAUUUAUAGAUUAGUUAAUCUACAGAAAUGUAACUUUUAUAAUCAUCUUUAUAAUAAAUGAACUGUUUAAGUUUUUUUUGACAAAUAUAUUUACUGAAUUUUCUACGUAACAAAUAAAAACAGGCACUUUACAUAAUGCAUAAAGGCAAACAAAACACAUUAAGGCACUUUGAAUAUAAUGAGAGUAAGGCUCGUUCUGCAGUUCUACUUUUUGACAAGGUCGUAAAAUCCAAAAAGGGUGCAGAAAUCAAAAUCUUGGUGGAAGAAAUAGAAAUGAUUUUACAUUUAAUGACAACAAAAGAGCUCAAAAGUAAAAAAUAUAUUAAAAUCAAUGCACAAUUGUCAAAAAAUAACCAAAUGGUCAAACAAAACAGGUGACGCAAAUGUGUUAAUUUGGUCUCCAUGGCGUAAUGUAUCUCAUUUUAGAGACCAAAAUAAAUCAGUUAUUUGACUGGGCUUACAUAGUCUGUCGGAAGGCAUCAAAUUUACAGUUGACAUCAGUGAACACUUACUUUAUGCAAAGUAUGGAUUAUUUUGUUCAUUAGUUCUUUGAAUUGAAUUGAGUACACAAUUGUGAGUGUAUGAUAAAUGUGCUUUUAUGCUUGAAACGGUACAUAUGAAACAUUUUUUUACGCAAGCUUUUUUUGAAGGCCAAGACAUCUGGCAUGCUUGGCUGAAACAUAUCUGAUUAAAACAAGCUUCAAAACCAGGUGUUUGUUAUGUAUGUGCUAUGCAUCUGAAAUGUAUUGUAUUGC